UGGGAACUCACCGCCCUGAGGUUGUGACAUAAUUUGGUGGCAGCGGUGGGAUUGGACCCCAGGACCCAAAAGGCACCAUGAGCACCCCACCUGGAUUCUACACUGACCCAUUGGAUCUCUUCGCUUGCAUGGAUUACUCCCGGACUCCAGAGAUCCCUACUGAUCCCAGAGAGAGGACCCUGUUCUUGCUGAGAUGUGAGUCACUGGGACUAUCUGGGGAUGAGGGUCUGGCAUAUGGAGUAGGGCAGUUAGUGGCAGGAGAGGCAGACCUGGAGGAUGGGUACUAUGUUCUGCAGCGCACCAUGCACCAACCAGGUGGGAGAUAUUGGCACAGUCCCUAUACAGUGCUCCCGCUUCCCUGUAGCUUGGCGGAAUGGCACGGCCAAUGGGAGAGGCUGAAUUUCUGUGACUAUAGCACCUUUGUGGGUAACCCAGAGGGGGAAUUCCAUACCCUCUAUGCACAGCGCUUCUUUUAUAUAGGAAUGAAUGAUACAGAGGAACGGAGGGACUGGCUUGCUGACCUGGUGUAUCAGGAACUGGAAUUGAUAAAAGAGUAUGGGAGUAUCCAGGAAUUGGAAAACCAACGCAAGGAAGCACUGAGGGUAUGUGCACCAUCUUUUUGUGGUUUUCAGCAGGCACAGCCAUGUCUUGGUACUGUAGGUCCAAAAGACUUUCACUUACCCCCCAGUACAGUCAGUGCCGGGGUGGGGGAGGAACAAGAAGCUUCCCAAACAACUUUAUUAUGGUGCCCAAGGGAAAUCCCUGUUUGUGAGGAGUUCAGUGGUUGUGUUACCCCUGGGCUGGCAGAACCGGAGAGUGGGUGCUGCCACUUUAAAGGCUUGGCAGAGGCUGAGGCCUCCCCAAGUGAAAUCCCAGUCUGUAUGGAGUCCAGUGGUUGUGUUACCCCUGGGCUGGCAGAACCGGAGAGUGGGUGCUGCCACUUUAAAGGCUUGGCAGAGGCUGAGGCCUCCCCGAGUGAAAACCCUGUUUGUUUGGAGUUCAGUGGUUGCGUUGCCCCUGUGCUGGCAGAACCGGAGAGUGGGUGCUGCCACUUUAAAGGCUUGGCAGAGGCUGAGGCCUCCCCGAGUGAAAACCCUGUUUGUUUAGAGUUCAGUGGUUGUGUUACCCCUGGGCUGGCAGAACCGGAGAGUGGGUGCUGCCACUUUAAAGGCUUGGCAGAGGCUGAGGCCUCCCUGAGUGAAAACCCUGUUUGUUUAGAGUUCAGUGGUUGUGUUACCCCUGUGCUGGUAGAACCGGAGAGUGGGUGCUGCCACUUUAAAGGCUUGGCAGAGGCUGAGGCCUUCCCAAGUGAAAUCCCAGUCUGUAUGGAGUUCAGUGGUUGUGUUACCCCUGGGCUGGCAGAACCGGAGAGUGGGUGCUGCCACUUUAAAGGCUUGGCAGAGGCUGAGGCCUCCCCAAGUGAAAUCCCUAAUUGUGUGGAGCCUGGAGCUGCUCAGUUUGAAAAAAACUCCAAGGAGGGAAGAGAUGAGGAUUCCCCACUACCUGAGUUGUUGCUGGCUGGAGAGGACCAGGAACAGGACCAAGAGGAAAGCAUUGCUCAGGAUUCCCCAAUGUCUAUCAGAGCAGUCAGUUCUGGGAAUGGAGUAAGGGGCACCCGAAAAGCACAACGUGUAACCAGGGCAGUUGUUCCGGAAACCCCCUCUGGCAGACAACAAGGCCAGAGAAUUACCCCACAGAGAAAUAAAACACUGGUGAGUCCCCGUGCUGUCCCUACAAUAUCUCCCAGAUGGAGGGGUCCCCCAUUGUGUAAUGUUACAGGGACCGGGGCCUUGAGAGAGGUUGGGUGGAACUUAGAAUUAAAGAAAAUACAGGGGGAUAAACAUUUGUCUAAUACUCUUUGGGGUUCACUGGUCAUUGGGGUCACUUGAAGAUGAGUCACCUUGGCCUGACUGCUUGGGGGGGGAAUACAGACUGUACCACCUGGGAUUGUUCCCUUCUCCCUGGAAGGCCCUUUUAUUGUCCUGGAGGCCAGAACUGUGACAUUACAGGGUCGCCCAUAUGGAGGAGAGAGGGUUAAUGAUGGCCACCCUGAAAUAUCCCUCUUAGAUCCUGUGGGUUCUGUUUACACCUCAUCUUGUUAUUCCUGUUUUGCCAAUCUGCCCCCCCCAAGGAACUAAAGACUUUUGCUUUAUGGGAAUUGGCUAGUGAGGCUGCUGGGAACCUGUGUAGGCCCCCAGCAGGCUCACUAUUUGGGAAGGGGGAGAAAUGUGACAUAACAAACUGUAUAAGUUG